CAAGCAAAGGCUAAGCCAUGUUUGCCUUUUGGACCACUCUGCUUUUACUGUUCCUGGCAGUUAGAGGCAAAGAAGUUUGCUACGUCCGCCUGGGCUGCUUUACAGAUGACAUCCCAUGGGCUGGAACAGUGGAACGGCCCAUUGCACGACUCCCUUGGUCGCCUCAAGAAAUAAAUACACGCUUUCUUCUGUAUACUAAAAAGAACCUUGACGAUUUUCAGGAAAUCACUGCAAUUCAUCCAGAAACAAUUGACUACUCCAACUUCAAUGCCAGCAAAAUAACUCGCUUCAUCACCCAUGGAUUCAUAGAUCAGGGGGAAGAAAGAUGGUUAUCAGAUAUGUGCAAGAGAAUGCUUCAAGUGGAAGAUGUGAACUGCAUUUGCAUAGAUUGGGUCAAAGGUUCCAGAUGUGCAUAUACCCAGGCAGCUAACAACAUCCGUGUGGUAGGAAGUGAAGUGGCUUAUUUUGUAAAUAUCCUUAAGGAGAAAUAUGGAUACUCUCCCUCCAUGGUACAUUUCAUUGGCCAUAGCCUUGGGGCACAUGCAGCUGCUGAGCUGGGAAGCAGAAUAAAAGGAAUUGGAAGAAUCACUGGACUAGACCCUGCUCAACCUUACUUUCAAGGAACUCCACCUGAGAUCAGAUUGGACAAAAAUGAUGCUGAGUUUGUUGACGUGAUUCAUACUGAUUCAGCACCAACAAUUCCAUUUCUAGGGUUUGGGAUGAGUCAAGCAAUUGGACAUCUUGAUUUUUAUCCAAAUGGAGGAAUAUUGAUGCCAGGAUGUAAGAAAAAUCCUCUUUCACAAAUAGUGGAUAUUGAUGGUAUUUGGGAAGGAACCCGUGAUUUUGUGGCCUGUAACCAUCUACGGAGCUAUAAAUAUUAUUCAGAUAGCAUUUUAUUUCCAGAUGGAUUUUUGGGUUACCCUUGUGGAGCAUACAACUUAUUUGAAGACAACUGCUUCCCAUGUCCAGAAGAUGGAUGUCCUCCUAUGGGUCAUUAUGCAGAUCGAUUUAAAGACAAAAUCACUUCUAAAUUUACUAAGCUGUAUUUGAAUACUGGAGAAGCCAAAAAUUUUGCCCGUUGGAGGUACAAGUCAUCAGUUACACUGUUUGGAAAAAAAAAUGUCUUGGGAUACAUAAAUAUUGCCCUGUAUGGGAGCGGAGGAAACACAAGGCAAUAUGAAAUUUUCAGGGGGAACCUCAGACCUGGUGAGAUUCAUACCAAGCUAAUAGACGUAGAACUUAAGGUUGGAACUAUAACUAAGGUUAAAUUUCUUUGGAACAACGUUUUCAUAAACCCAACUUUGCCCCAGCUAGGAGCAGCAAAGAUUAUGGUACAAGAUGGAGAAACUGGGAAUGUAUUCCAUUUCUGCGGCAGUGAAACUGUGAGAGAAGAUGUGUUGCAAACACUCACACCAUGCUGAUCUUGAAAUGUGGAAAGCUUUUGUGCAAAUCUUAAUAAAAAAAAUAACAUUUCAAGCACCUUAUAUAUUCUUCUGCCCAAGUGAUAGUGCAGGGGGACUUUAAUUUUAAAGAUACAGGAGCUCUUUUCCUUCACUGCUCUUUCUCCCAUUAUGCCAAAGGAUAGAGUUGCUGUCACUCUAGUAAGAAAAUGACAUGCAAAACUUUAGAAGCAUUGGUGCUUCCAUGCUCAAGUAAAGUUAGAGCUUAUCCAGAUAUUUUGUUAGCAUAUGGGACUGGUCCAAAUUAUUGUAUUGCAUUAGGCAAAGACAAAAGACUCACUAAGACCUAGGUGGGUGAAAGUGAAGUGAACCUGCAACUGCACCUUUGCUUAAUAGUGAUGAAAAAAGAACAUCCAUCAAUGUAUCUAAAGGGUGAAAGGAAAAGUAAUAGCUAAGGGGGUUCAGAGUAGACUUUUUAUUUCUAAAAUAAGAUCCUCAGGCUUGAUGCCAGCUCUUUGCACCCAGACCGAAGACAAAUUGCAUGAUAAAAAGUAUGUGGUAUGUACUUAGGAUGUGAUGCUUUUCUUCUUCCAUGGACUUAAACAUUUCUUGGCUAUAUGAGAAAAAAUAUAUA